UUCCGAGGUGAGCUGCUGAGCCAGAGGUGGACCCACAGUGACAAAACCAGCAACUGCAGGACCUCAGAGAGCAUCCUGGGCAGACACCGCAAGAUGAGCCUGGAAGAUGAGGACAAGCGGGCUCGAACGCGUUCCAAGGCAAGCCGAGCGCCCCCAGAGACCACAGGUGCAGACCUCAGCUGCCCUACUCCGGGCUGCACGGGUUCUGGACACGUCCGGGGAAAGUACUCCAGGCACCGGAGCCUGCAGAGCUGCCCCCUGGCCAAGAAGCGGAGGCUGGGGGGCACAGAGGCGGAGCACCUGAUGGCCAAGCGGAAGCCGCAGCCCCUGAAGUUGGCUCUGGACGAGGGCUAUGGUGUGGACAGCGACAGCAGUGAGGACACCGAGGUGAAGGACGCCUCUGUAUCGGACGAGUCGGAAGGAACUCUGGAGGGGGACGAGACUAAGAUGUCCGGGCAGGAGGGGACGCAGUGCCCCGAGCCAGCUGAAGGAAGAAGCCCAGUCAUGUCACACUUUGGAGCCAGCCCCGCCAGCACCCCCAAGGGCAGCUACAGCAGCUACCAGGAGAUCAUUGCCACGUCCCUCCUCAACCUGGGCCAGAUUGCUGAGGAGUCUCUAGCUGCUGAGGACCUGGGCCAGGAGGAGGCUGGGGAGGGGACCACAAGUGAUGAGGGUGAGAAAGAUGUCUUCAUCCAGCCAGAGGAUGCUGAGGAGAUUGUGGAGGCCACGGGUGAGCCGCCUCAGGAACUGGGCCCCACAUCCCUGGAAGGUGUGGCCAUCGAGGAGUCUGGCAGGCAAAAGGGGGCCCUGGGUCUUGAGGAGGAAGAGGAGGAGGAAGAGGAAGAGGAGGAGGAAGAGGAGGAAGAGGAGGAGGAGGAGGAGGAGGAGGAGGAGUCCACUCGUGCAGUAAUCUGUGAGGAUGCUCCCCACGCCUCUAGCCAGAAGGUCCCUGAGCCCCUGCGUUCCGAGCCCGAGUACUCAGUCAUCGUAGAGGUACGUUCUGACGAUGACAAGGAUGAGGAUGCGCACUCCCAGAAAUCGGCAGUCACGGAUGAGUCGGAAAUGUAUGACAUGAUGACCAGAGGGAACCUGGGUCUCCUGGAACAAGCCAUCGCACUGAAGGCUGAGCAGGUUCGCGUGGCCCGGGGCCCAGUCGAGCAGGGUCCAGGCGAGGGGCAGGCAGGGAAGCCCCUGGACACCGUGCGCAAGAGCUACUACAGCAAAGACCCUUCAAGAGCCGAAAAGCGUGAGAUCAAGUGUCCGACCCCAGGCUGUGAUGGCACGGGCCAUGUCACCGGCUUGUACCCACACCACCGCAGCCUGUCUGGCUGCCCCCACAAAGACAGGAUCCCUCCAGAGAUCCUGGCCAUGCAUGAGAACGUGCUGAAGUGCCCUACUCCUGGCUGCACGGGACAGGGCCAUGUGAACAGCAACCGCAACACCCACAGAAGUUUGUCUGGCUGCCCCAUUGCUGCUGCUGAAAAGUUAGCCAAAUCGCAUGAGAAGCAACAGCCACACACAGGAGACCCUUCCAAGAGUAGCUCCAAUUCUGAUCGGAUCCUGAGGCCCAUGUGCUUUGUGAAGCAGCUUGAGGUCCCUCCAUAUGGGGGCUACCGGCCCAGCGUGGCCCCCACCACGCCCAGGGCCAACCUGGCCAAGGAGUUGGAGAAGUUCUCCAAGGUCACCUUUGACUACGCAAGUUUCGAUGCUCAGGUUUUUGGCAAACGCAUGCUUGCCCCAAAGAUUCAGACCAGCGAAACCUCACCUAAAGCCCUUAAAUGCUUCGAUUAUUCACAGGACGCUGAGGCUGCCCACAUGGCUGCCACCGCCAUCCUGAACCUCUCCACACGAUGCUGGGAAAUGCCAGAGAACCUCAGUACAAAGCCGCGGGACCUCUCUGGCAAGCCCAUGGACAUCGAAGUGGAUGAGAAUGGGACGUUGGACCUGAGCAUGCACAAGUACCGCCGGAGAGACAAUGCUCUUCCUGGCGGCAGCAGCAGCCCCAGCGUGAAGUCACCUGAUGUGACCCCGUGUCAGGGUAGUGUCAGUGCCACCAGCAGCUCCAUGACCUCACCCCAGUCCAGCCAGGCCUCCCGCCAGGAUGAAUGGGACGGGCCCUUGGACUACACCAAGCCCAGCCGCCAGCGAGAGGAGGAACCCGAGGAGUCAGAGCCAGCAGCCCAUUCUUUUGCUUCUUCUGAAGCAGAUGACCAGGAAGUGUCGGAAGAAAGUUUUGAGGAGCGGAAAUAUCCAGGGGAAGUCACCCUAACCAACUUUAAGCUGAAGUUUCUCUCCAAGGACGUAAAGAAGGAGUUGCUUACCUGUCCUACCCCUGGCUGUGACGGCAGUGGCCACAUCACUGGAAACUAUGCUUCCCACCGCAGCCUUUCUGGUUGCCCUCUUGCUGACAAAAGCCUCAGAAACCUCAUGGCUGCUCACUCUGCUGACCUCAAGUGCCCCACUCCCGGUUGUGAUGGCUCUGGCCACAUCACGGGGAACUACGCCUCUCAUCGGAGCCUGUCAGGCUGCCCUCGAGCAAAGAAGAGCGGCAUCAAGAUCACACCCACCAAGGACGACAAGGAGGACCCUGAGCUGAUGAAGUGCCCUGUUCCCGGCUGCGUGGGGCUCGGCCACAUCAGUGGCAAGUAUGCCUCACACAGGAGUGCAUCCGGCUGCCCGCUGGCAGCCCGCAGGCAGAAAGAGGGGUCCCUCAAUGGCUCGUCAUUUUCUUGGAAGUCGCUGAAGAACGAGGGACCCACCUGCCCCACGCCGGGCUGUGAUGGUUCUGGCCAUGCCAAUGGGAGUUUCCUCACCCACCGGAGCCUCUCUGGCUGUCCCAGAGCAACUUUUGCUGGAAAGAAGGGAAAACUCUCAGGGGAAGAGAUUCUCAGCACUAAAUUCAAGACGAGUGAUGUGCUGGAGAAUGAUGAGGAGAUCAAGCAGCUGAACAAGGAGAUCCACGACCUCAGUGAGUCCAACUCGGAGAUGGAAGCUGCUAUGGUCAAGCUGCAGUCUCAGAUCUCCUCUAUGGAGAAGAACCUCAGGAACAUCGAGGAGGAGAACAAACUCAUUGAGGAGCAGAAUGAGGCGCUGUUCGUGGAGCUGUCUGGCCUGAGCCAGGCUCUCAUCCAAAGUCUCGCCAACAUCCGCCUCCCGCAUAUGGAGCCAAUCUGCGAGCAGAACUUCGAUGCGUAUGUGAGCACCCUUACCAACAUGUACACCGACCAGGACUGCUACAGGAACCCCGAGAACAAGGCCCUCCUGGAAAGCAUCAAACAGGCUGUGAGGGGCAUCCAGGUCUAG